AUGGCAACAAAUACAUCUUCUAUUCCUUCCUGGGCACAAAAUGCAACCGUAUAUGGAUCAAACGAUUCUUUUCUAUUACUCGAUAUUUUUCCAAAAGACGUAGCUGAUGAUCUAUUUUAUAAUAUACAUGAUGAAGUUAAAUGGAAUAUCAUGCGACAAAGAGGUAAACGUGUACCACGUGAAAUAUCUAUACAAGGUACAAUAACCAUUGAAAAUGAUGAUGAAUAUGAACCACUCUAUCGACAUCCAGCUGAUGAACAACCUGAACUUGUUUCAUGGACAUCAACAGCAUUAAAAAUUAAAGAACGAAUAGGAGAAAUUUUACAACAAAAUUUUAAUCAUGCAUUAAUACAAUAUUAUAAAAAUGGAAAAGAUAAUAUAGGUGAACAUUCAGAUAAAACAUUAGAUAUUUUACUUGGCUCAAAUAUUGUUAAUUAUAGUCUAGGUGCUGCUCGUACAAUGACUUUAAUAAAUAAACGAGAAGAUGGAAUUCGGCAAGAAUUUAAAUUACCACAUAAUUCAUUAUUUAUUUUGGGUUGGCAAACAAAUCGUGAAUGGUAUCAUGCAAUACGUCCAGAUAAACGAUCUAAUUCCGAAAAAGAUCCUGAUGAACUUGCAUUUUAUGGUGAACGUAUAUCAUUAACAUUACGAACAGUAGCAACAUUUAUAAAUCGUCGUACGGGUCAAAUCUAUGGACAAGGUGCACGAUAUAAAACAAUAGCUGAACAAAUAGAUAAAUCACCUGAUGAAUAUGAAAAUGAUGAAAUGGAUAUGGUUUAUGCAUUUAGUGCUGAAAAUCGACAAUCAUCAGAAUUUGAUUGGAAUAUAAAUUAUGGUCGUGGAUUUAAUGCACUUAAUUUUAAAAUUCUUAAUUCACAUAAUAAUAAAAAAAGAAAAUAA